UCUACAACAGUCUCCACUUCCCAAGGCGUUCUUAUUCCCCAGAAGACUCCAAAGAUAUCUCAUCCUCCCACCAUGGAGCCAUCUGGAUCUACUGGGGUCUCACAUUGCCCCUCAUCAACAGAGGUAACUGGAGCCCUCGAGGCCAUAGCUCCCGUCCUGCAAGAAUUUUUCUCCCCCAAGUCUAUCUAG